GGGGGGGGAGAGGACACGCGUGUGUGUGGGGACUCGCAGGAUACUCGUUUAAGUCUGGGAUUUCCUUUCACACGCCAUUCACAGCUCGCUGCCGUCAGUGGGAGUCAAUGAAGGAGACGGAGUCCGGUCUGAAGCUGUCUCCCGAACCCGGCAUGGAUCCUAGCCAGAGUGUGAAGUGUAAGAUAGUGGUGGUCGGGGACAGCCAGUGUGGGAAGACCGCCUUGCUUCACGUGUUCGCUAAAGACUGCUUUCCGGAGAAUUACGUUCCUACCGUGUUUGAGAACUACACUGCGAGCUUUGAGAUCGACACACAGAGAAUAGAGCUGAGUCUGUGGGACACGUCAGGUUCACCUUACUAUGACAACGUGCGACCUCUCUCCUACCCUGACUCGGAUGCGGUCCUCAUCUGCUUCGAUAUCAGCAGACCAGAGACUCUGGACAGCGUACUGAAGAAGUGGAGAGGCGAGAUCCAGGAAUUCUGCCCCAACACAAAGAUCCUUUUGGUGGGAUGCAAGUCAGACCUCAGAACGGACUUGACCACAUUGGUGGAACUAUCCAGCCACAGACAGACACCAGUGUCUUAUGAUCAGGGCUCCAACAUGGCCAAGCAGCUGAGCGCCCCCUACAUCGAGUGCUCCUCCCUGCAGUCUGAGAACAGCGUCAGAGACAUUUUCCACGUGGCCACACUGGCCUGUGUCAACAAGAACAAGAACGUCAAACGCAGCAAGUCCUCGCGGGCCACCAAGAGGAUCUCCCACAUGCCCAGCAGGCCUGAAAUGACAGCAGCUGUAACGUCCGACCUGCGCAAAGAUAAGGCCAAGAGCUGUACGAUUAUGUGAUGAGCCAAGUUAGAAAGACUGUCGUGGAUGGUGUAAGAGGCGAAAAAAGGGAAUGGGCACAGCGGAUUGAGGCAUCGUCAUGUGCCAAGCAGUGAGAUGAUGGGAUGCUCUGCACUUUAAAUCAUCUGUUUUCCCCCCUUGGUUUGGUUAUGCUCCAACUGUAAGAACCUAGUAGCCCUUAAACAGUGCCAUAGGACAAACAUACAGCUAAACAGAGGAAGUCUCUAAACUAAAGGGGAAACAAACUGGAAACUACAUCGAGCCUCAAAGUAUGGACUUUCUCUCUUGUGAUGCAAUACUGGUCCCUGUGUAGACUGCAAUAAGGCAAUAGAGGGAGAUGUGUGGACCCUUUCAUUGGUCUUUUGCUUUCCUGUUACCGUUUCCCUGGAAAUGUCGGUACAUCUCUUUUCUGGUCUAGAUGGGUCUCUGAUCAACAACCUGGAUGGGAAAUGAGCCACAAAUUGUCAUAUUUUAUUAUUCUUGGGUUCAAAAAGUAUGUGAAGAAUGGAUGAGGAUUCACUCUGGAGGAAAUUGUUUCAAAAAAAGCAUGCAAGCAACUGCUGCUGUGUUCUUCCUCCAGUGAAAUGUGUACAAAUGGAAAGUACAACUGGAUCUCUUGCACUGACCCACAGGGCUGGCACUUAAAAAUUGGGAAGUUAAAGUGACAGAAACACUGUGGUUCAGAUAAUUUGGCUGUAUUGUAUUAC